AUUACAUUACUCAAUUCUUAAAUAUUGAAAAAUUAUGAUAUGAAUAAUAAGAAUUCAAAAUAUUCCAAUUUUCUGAAGUUUAGAAUAUUAUUUAAUAGAGAAGCUAUUGAUUCAUUGAUGUAUAAAUGGAUAAUUAAGCAGAGAUGUUACAUCAGAUGUCUAUUGUUGAAAAAUUAUGAUGUGAAUAAUAAGAAUUCAAAAUAUUCCAAUUUUCUGAAGUUUAGAAUAUUAUUUAAUAGAGAAGCUAUUGAUUCAUUGAUGUAUAAAUGGAUAAUUAAGCAAAGAUGUUACAUCAGAUGCCAAUUCUUGAAAGAUUAUGAUGUGAAUAAAAAGAAUCCAAAAUAUUCCAAUUUUCUGAAGUUUAAAAUAUUAAGAACAAGGAAUUUUAGGUGAACCGCGAAGAGCCAUUAGGAUUACGCUUAUGGUUACGUUUACAUCUUCCGUCCAUCUGGACAGAUAUUCUGCUCCCAUUGUUUGACCCUUUACCUCGAGGUUUCUACGUAGAUUAGGUUGUAAUUGUAGAAUAUCAUUGUUAUAUCAUGACGGUUUGUAAUUCUGGUGAGAAAAAUUUACACAUUACAACUUAUAUAUCAUUAAUCUGGUAAUUUAUGAUUUGGAAAAGAAAAAGAUAUUUAAAAAUUUUAAUGAAAAAGGUAUCUUAACUUUUAAACUUUCCAUAUGACAAACUUUCCAAAAU